GAGCUGUGAGGAGAACACGCCCAAGUCGCGCGCGCCCGAGCGAGCGAGGCUCGUUCUCCCUCCCCGCAGCCGCGCCCCAGCCCAACCCGCUCGCUAAGCCCCGCCCACGCACCUCACAGGCGGGCGAGGGAGGGGGCGCACGGGCGGCAACAGCCGGAGCAGCUGCGCCUCCCACUCCCCCCUCACCACCACAGUCCGGGGCACAUUGGCCCCGUAUGUUAAUGAGCUCCCCUUUCCUUUUGCCACUACCGCGCGGAAAGGAAAGGGAAGGGGAAGUUGCUUUCCUGUUUGACAGCCCUUGGGUUGCUAAGCCCGCCGCGCUUUACGGCCGCCCGCAGCCACCGCGAGAGCGUCGUGAGGAGAAUGAGGCCGGCGCCAGGUAAGGUCUUCUUCCUCCGUGAGGUGUGUCAGUGGGGAACGACGGCAGCGCCGCCGCGUGCGGAGUUAUCCUGCCUCUGGGGUAGAAUGUUAUGGAGGAGGAGGAGGACGAUAGAGAUAGAGCUGGUCGGCGGUGGGUCGCGAGGGUCCCCUCCCCCCGCCGGCCUCUGGGCAGCGCUUCCCUCCGUCCCUCGGUGUCAGGGACCGUGGUCGGUGGUCGCAGCCUCCGCUCAGCCGGGCGGGGGUGGGGUGGCCUUUCGCUGCCAGAACUUGAUCCCCUGGCCUCCAGGAUGCUGGUUUCCAAAAUGAAAUAAAGUUUGACUUAAUCAUUCCAGAAACCUGCAUGAAUAGAUUCAUGUCCGCCAAUAACGAAACUGUAUUUUUAAUGUUCAUUACGUAGAUAUCGGUGCAUAAGUAGCCGCAGCCAGUCUGCAUUUCAAUUGGAUUUUGUGCUGGUGAUGUUACCUAGUUGCUGCUGCGAUGCUUUAGCUUUGGUGCAGGCCAUGUACCUAGGAAUCGCUGUACCAGAUCCAGUCAAAGGCCGCUUGACUCAACUUCCAGAGCGGUUUGCAAAAGAUAAAGCAGUAAAAUCAAGAAACUUCAUAACCCUGCUUUAGAGCAUACAAAAGUUAAAAUGCUGAAACAGAUUUAAAAUUAUCUCAACUUUCUAAGCAUCUUGGUAGGCUUAUCUAAACAGGACCAUUUUUUGCAUGUGCAGAAAAACAUAGCCCUCUCCUGGUUGUGUUCCCAAACAAUGGAGCUUCUGUAUAGCUAUCAUUAGUAGCUCUUGACAAACGUAUUCCCUUCAUUAAUUUGUUUAACUACUUCUAGUGGCAGUGAUUUGUGUAAUUUUUGAUCAUGUUCUUCCGUAUUUGCAUUUUUUUUCUGUAGAAAAAGGCCCCAAACAUCAUGCUUGUUCCUAAUAGGGGAGGUGCUCCAGCGCCUAUAUAUUUUUGGUUAUUUUCUGCACCUCUUGCAACUCAGUACAUUUCUUAAAUAAACUGAAGCUAACCUAAGAAGCCAUGCUUAGGAGACAUUAAAGAAAAUCACACAUUAUGGCACAUAAUUGCAUUUGGCAAUGCACAAAAAGAUGCAAGUAAAACAUAUAAACAAGUUGGCCCACUUAUGAAAUUAGCAAUGCAAUCUUACACAUCGCUCUCUAGGACGUAUAACUAGCAUCAUGUCCUUAGAUAUUAGCUUCUUAUGGCAUAUAAAUGUUCUUGACAGGCCACAAUAAAUCUAUUGGCAUUUUAAGGUGCCAGAAGACUCCUGGUUUUGUUUUGUUUUUUAACAGUAAACAAGCAGCGGGAUUGAAGAGGAGAGAAGCACCCAUUUUUCAUGUUAAUAGUUUGUUGUGGUAUAAACUUGUACCAUAAUAAAUAUUUUAAUCUUUAAGUGACACAAUACUUUUGGUUUGUAUUUUUCUGUGACAGACUAAUCUGAGCAACCACCUAUAGGGUUGUGUUACAUCCAGAAGUAAGCUCUGCUGAGUUGGGCCAUAUUCCCUUGGUGGUUAUGGUAUUAUAUACAAAAUUUGAAAAAGAGCCCUGAAAAACAGAGCUUUUCUUCCUCUGGUGUCAUGUCUGCAUUCACCACCCAUCUCAACUUACAGAGUUGGAAUAGGUUUGAACCUCAAAGAGUCUUGUGGCACUUUCACUGAGGAAGUGGCCUUUAGUCCUUAAAAGCAUAUGCUGUAAUAAAAUCUGUUAAAUCUCUGAGGUGUCACAAUACUUAUUUUUUCCUUUUUGUUGCUGCAACCAACAAAUAUAAUUACCUCUCUGGAAAAGGUUAAAACCAGCACUUUAGAUUGUUCAUGGAAACAGACUGGGAGCAAAUAUCAUCAUUUUGAAACUGGAGAGAUAUGUUCCCUUCUGUUGGCCCUACUUAGCAAUCUAGCCAUAGCAUUUUCAACCAUCUGCAGUCUCUGAGCAGUCUUCAAGGGCAGCUCAUUAUGGUAGUCCAAAUGAGAUACUACCAAAGUAUGGCUAACUGUGGCCAGGCUGUCUCUGUCUCUGAGGGCCAUGACUGGUGUUUUCAACCCAACUUAUGAAGGUACUUCAUGCCACAGAAUAUACUUUAGUCUCCAAAGACAAAAGUAGACCUGCUAACACCCUCAGACUAUCAACUUGUGUUUUCUGAGGGAGUGUGGCCUGAGCAUCUUUCAGAAGUAUUGUAAGAACUACCUGUUAGGAAAGAGGCCACAGCUCAGUGUUUGAGACUAAGAUUUGUUUGGAGAAGGUUCCAGGCUCAAUUUUGGGUAUCAACAAUAAAAUUUCUACCUUGCCAUCAUGUAGGAAACUUGCUGGGCCUAAAAAAAGCCCCUGGCAUGCUUUCCCCCUUGCUAAUUGUAGGCUCCAUUUCCUCUCCGUUCUAUAGCAUAUACCAUAUGCUUUGUCACAUCUCCCAGGAAACCGAGUUGGUGUUUAACAAGGAUUUUCUUUAGAUGUGGGAUUUAUAUGGUGAGUCACUGUCAAGAGGUUUCAAGUAACAGCUAAUAGAACGAGCAGUGCUUCUUUGCUUUUGGGAACAAAUGUAUGCAAAAGACUGCCAGUUAUGUGCUCUGGGAGAAAACUGAAAAACUACUGCAUUGCUGUAAACAUGAGUUUGCAGGUGUUUAAGCAAAGAACAGAAUGCAGAUUAAUUCUGUAGCUGUUCAAGGCCUGGUGGUUAAAUUUUGAAGUUUGUGGCCGUUGGCCGUCAGCAUAUCUUGUGGCCGCAAAUUCUAUAGGUUAACUGUGUGCUGUGUGAAGUAGUACUUAUUUUUCUUUAACAAAAUGUACAUAACACUUGAUUGUAAGAAAACCUCUAAGUGGUUUCCUUCCUUCCGUCUGACCUGAAUCUCCUAUCAUGAGACAGAGAAGAACUAUACGUUUUCCAUACCAUGCAUAAUUUCACAUCUCUAACAUUUUUCUUCCUUUCUCACCUUUCUUCUGACCUAAAACCCCCAAAAUAUUCAUUUCCUCAUAAGGGAAUUGCUCCACCUCCCAUUUUAUCUUGGUUGCCUUUUUCUGCAUCUUUCCCAGAUCUACAAUAUCCUUUUUUGAGACAUAGUUGUAUUGCAUUACAAUAUUGGCAGUUUGGUUUUUUAUUCAUUUCAUAAUAAUCCCUAGGCUGGAAUUAACCUUUUUCAUAGCUGCUGCACACUGGUACAUUUUUUUCUUUGGACUCUCCACAUGACCAAGAUUCCUUUCCUGGCCAGUCAUCACCAGGUCAGACUCCAUCAGCAUGUAUGUGAAAUUGGAGCUUUUUGACCCAGUGUGUAUCAUUUUACACUUAACUUUAUAUUGAAACUUAUUUGCCAUGAUAUUGCCUAUUCAUCCAAAUUGGAAAGAUCCUUUAGGGGCAAUCUGCAAUCUCUUUUUAUUUUUAAAAAUCUGUUGUCAGCAAACUUGGCUACAUUACUGAUCAUCCCUAAUUGUAAGUCAUUUAUAAGCAAGUGUUAAAAGACAAAAUCCCAGGAGUGAUUCUUGUUAAUUUUUAAUUUGUCAAUAAGGUUUAGAAGUUCAUUUAUUUUGUCGUCACUAUUUGCCUAAGUUCUUCAGCCUCGCGUCCUGCAAAAAGUCAGUUCAGGUACAGGUAUCUGCCCUUCAUCCUCCACAAGAUGUAGGGCAGGGGCAAAUAAUUCAUUCAGGUUUUCUUCAAUGUCUUUAUUCUCCUUCAGCACAACUUUUAAAUUCCUUUUUGUCCAGCAGUCUAAGCACCUCACCAGUGUUUCCUGCUUCUGUUGUAUUUAACUAAUUUUUAUUGUUGGUCUUAAUGAUCUUAGCAAUAUAUUCAUCAAAUUCUCUUUUUGUAUCCUUAAUUACCUGCUUACCUUUUUGCGGGUGCAUGUUUGUAGUUCAAUUAUUCUUCUAAUUUGGGGAAGAUUUCCAUUUUCUGAAGGAAGUCUUCUUGCCUCUAAUAACUUCCUUGACUUGACUUCUUCACCACACUUGACACAGGAAUAGAUUAUAACGGCAUUUCAAGGUUACUCAUACAUUAGAAGAGAUUGUAAUUAUAAUCUUCUAGGAUUCAAUGCCGGACAUUCCCUUUCAAAUCGUCUUGGAAAAUGGUAGAUUAUUUAAUUGUGAAGACUGGUAAGGUUGAUAAUUAUUUCUUGGGGCCUGGUCCAAGACAACAUAUUUGCAUCCAUGGAAGACUUAAUUGCUUUCAUAUUUCUAUUUCUGGAUCAUCACACAUUGCUCAGUGUCCCUCAUCAAUUUUCACAGCCAAGACACACAUAGCAUUGAUAAUGCUUUUUAAAAUGUGUGUAGUUUAUCUUUCAUUGGUAUGUAGUGGCAAGCAGGCAUCUCACAUCUUAUUUGUAAUGAUAGUAAUAAUAACAAUGUCACAUCUUGGCUUAAUGGUAAGGUUUUGUAUCCUAUCACUUUUUAGACAUUAAGUACUCUACCAUUGCCAUUAGAUAUUCCUGAAGCAUUUUGUUCAAAAAUCAGGCUGUGGUAGAAUUAAGGGAUCCUCUCCUAGUGCAAAAUGCCUGGUCUCUGGGAGAAUAAGAACUAAGGAUUUUGAAAACUGAAAGCUUGUCUUGAAAGUUGCACUUAUGGCUGCAAUUAGGAAACAACCUCUUUUGUGAAAUGGGUUGCUUGUUCAGCUUUCUUUAGAACGGGGUUCUCAAGAUGUAGUUUGUGAACCACCAGUGGUCCACGAGCUCCACUAAGGUGGUCUGCAGGAGUGGAGGGGGCGAGGACGACAGCUAGAUGUCAAUAAGUUAGCCAGCAUCUGAACACAUUAGCUAUUCCUUGCCUUGGCCCUGUCUUCCCACCAGUCAGUACUAAACCCCAGCGUUAAGUGAAGUCAUGUGAUUUGAACCACCUAUGGAAUCCCUGGUGGCUAAGGGUGCAAUGGGGUUUCUGCUGAUGAUUUAGAGUAGCUGCACACAGCCACAGUGCGAUCAAGUUGGUGUAAGAGCUCCUGUGGAGAGGCACAAGAGGAAUUUUGCAGGAUUAACUCUCAGCCAUCUACCUGAGACCUUUAACCCACCUGGUACUUGGGCUUGCAGUGGAGCCCAUAUCCCCACCUGCAAAGAGAGUUAAAGAACAGUGAGGUCAGCACCCCUUCUCUAAGAUUGCUUUGGGUUGUUUUUCACCUGUGAAUAUAUACACUCAGCAUUAAGAAAGAUGAUUGAGUAAUCCACCAAGAUCCUCCACAAUUUUCAAGUGGUUGGGAGGAGGGAGUUGAGAAUAGAUAGCCUUGUGUACGAUUCCAUAAGGCACAGCAGUUCAGGACUCCAGCAGUAGUUUCCAGUAUUAUCUGCUAGCAAACUCUGAGGAUUACUCACGUUUAUUAAAAGAUGUUUCUGCAGCCAAAGGAUGAUUCCAUAAACAUCAGAACCAGCCCUGCCUUUUUUCUUAUUUUGAAUCUCAAGGAUGAUUAAGAAUAGAGCUGGCUGAGUGACAAGUUGUGUUAGGUAACUGUAACUGCUCCUCUUAUGUUUUAUUAUUAUAUGUUUGAUAAUGCUCAACUGGAAUGAUCAGUGCCUUGUGCAUUGGUUGGUAAGACAUUUCAUUUUGACAAAUGUGGAAAAUUCUAGACACUUAAAAGAGUAAAAAAAAAUAAUCUGGUUCCCUGGAGAUCUUCCCUCCCACUGGUAUAUGCAUCCAGUAUGUUUCAUGUAUAUCACUUUAGUUUCCUUGUUCAGAUCUUAAAAGGAUAUUGCUUAAUUUUUGACCUAACAAAGCUUGACAAGGUUCACUGGUUCAUCUGAAGAAGUAGUGGGUAAAUUUGACUUUUCUUUGUCCCAUAAUCAUUUAUACUGCAGUUAGAAGCGUCCCACUUCCUUCCUGAUGAGUAAAUAAACCAGCACAUUUGAUUUCAUUCCUGCUGAAUUGGGUGGGUGCUCCCUGGUUUGCACUGAGUCAUGCCAGAGGGACAAUGUUUGCAGUGUGCAAGUUGUGCUUUCAGAAGGCUGGACCAGAUCCUGGGUGAUAAAGAAUUGAUAUUUACAGAACACGAAGCCUCAAAUAAUUUCAUGGCUACAUUAAUUUUACCAGUAAGCCCUAUUGAACUCUACAAGUCUCUGAUUUCAGGGCUAAUCUGGGGCUGAUUAGUACUGGUAAUUAAAAAUAUGCUCUCAAAUUCAGUUGAUGUUAGACCACCUGUCGUGGAGCACCCUGCAUAUCAGAUUAUUGUUUCCUACCUGGCUUCUGCUUUCACUUCCUAUUGCACUCUUGCCAACCUUCCUCAUAACGAGAGCACUCCAGAAUCCAUUCCAGUUUAUCUGGAAAGACAGUUCACGUUAGAGAAGCAGCGUGGGCAUGUUGGAUGCCACAGUUAAUACGGAACUAGAAGUUAUACUGGAUACAGGACAGUUGCUAAAAACUGCAGCCAUGUGUCUUGCACUCCUUAGGUACGUUUACACAUGGCAGCAUGCCACCAUUUCCUCAUUCCUGCACCAUACAACUGGCAGCUUUGGCAGGAACUGAAGAAAUGGAGGAAAGGUAUCUGUAAGUGUGUAUAAAUGUUCUUGAGAGAAGACUCUGCAUGGGGCUGUCAUUUUCAGCAGCAGCCCCAUGCCUGGCAUAAUGUCUAGUUGCAACCUGAAGGCAAAUCCUGAAAAAGUCUAUUGAAUAGAAGAGAAGGCGGUUGUGGAAUUUUUCUCUCCUGCUGCCUAGUGGGUUUGUUAGAAGAAAGGCGGAAAGUUCUCUGGAAUUGUUUUUAAAUAAACCAUGCAUCAUAAGUCCAUCACUUGUCAGAGUGUAUUCUAUAGUGCCAUGGGUUGUCCUCUCGUGUUUAAAAAAUAAUUUUGGGUAUUUAAAGGAGCCAUCUUAAUGAUCGACUAAGUAGAUCUGUUCUAUUUAAGCAAGCCUUGGUAUUUGAAUCAGUGUGUCAUUAACUACAUCCUAUCUUACUUCAGAUCUAGCUGGUAAAUUAUGCCAUAAAACUACUUACUUUUAAGUGGUUUGCUACAUGUGACUUGCCCCCUGCUUUUGCCUUUUUGUCCAUCUGAGGAAGUGUACAGGUAGUGUCUCUGGUACUAGGCACAAAACGUAUACAGCCUUGCAGAUUCUAGUAUUGGCUUAAAAACAGAAGCUGCACCUCAUCCCCUCCCGUGGACUGUAAUGGGAUGUUACUGUUUAUAGUGGUGUAUGUACCUUACAUAGUUUAUAGUUUAUAGUGGUGUAUGUACCUUACAUAGUUCGGUAAAGGACUCCUGAUAGUUAGGUCCAGUUGCAAACGACUCUGGGGUUACGGCGCUCAUCUCGCUUUAUUUAUUUAUUUUUUUAAAUGAUAUUUAUUAAAGUUUCAAAGAAAAGAUUACAUAGAUAAAAAGAAAAGAAAAAGAAAUAAAAAAGAAAAAAUACAAAUUACAGAAAAAAGAUUAAAAAACACUUAAAAAACACAUCGAUCUUUCCAUACCUUACAUUUCAUUUCCUUACUUCCCUGACUUCCUCACACCUCCCCUUUUGUAUUCCCGUUUACAAAAUCCUUUCAGCAAAUCCUUACCCUCUUUCAUUUAUCUUUACUCUGUAUCUUAACCUAUUAUAACUAUAUAUUUUCAUCCAUAUAACUAUCAAUAUUUACAUAUUCUUAUUAACCUUAUUACCAAAACCACUUAUUUUCAGUCCAGCAUCAUUUUAACAUUCAUUAAUUUUACAGUAUUUCUGCAAAUAGUCUUUAAACUUCUUCCAAUCUUCUUCCACCAACUCUUCUCCCUGGUCUCGGAUUCUGCCCGUCAUUUCCGCCAUUUCCAUAUAGUCCAUCACCUUCAUCUGCCAUUCUUCCAAAGUGGGUAAAUCUUGUGUCUUCCAUACGACGCUCAUCUCGCUUUAAAGGCCGAGAGAACCAGCGUUUGUCUGCUUCUGCAGACACUUUUUCCGGGUCAUGUGGCCAGCAUGACUAAGCCGCUUCCAGUGAAACCAGAGCAGCACACAGAAACGCCGUUUACCUUCCCGCCGGAGCAGUACCUAUUUCUCUACUUGCACUUUGACAUGCUUUCGAACUGCUAGGUUGGCAGGAGCUGGGACUGAGCAAUGGGAGCUCACCCCGUCGUGGGGAUUUGAAGCGCCAACCUUCCAACUGGCAAGCCCAAGAGGCUCAGUGGUUUAGAUCACAGCCUUAUUUAUACAUGGCCUUAUUUGCAAUACUUAGGCUUGUUUCUUUGGUCUGUUAUUCUGGUAUGUAUUUUAUUUAAGUUUAUAUUCCUCCUUUCCUCCAAAGAGUCUUAAGUGAUAUACAUGUCCUUUUCUAUCCUCACUACAACCCUGCAAGUUAGAUUAGGCUGAAAUAUGGCAACUGUAGGUGAACCUGUCCCUUUUAUUUUGGUUGUAGCUGAACAAAUUGGUUCUCCUGUUUAUGUUUAUCAGUUACAAGCAUCCACAAAAAUGAUGGUUGGGGAAAGAAUCCCUGGUCUUUUAAUAAGAAGGGUGCCUAACAGCACAUAUCCAGUCCCACUUAAGCAGAAGUUUAGAGAAGGCAAGAAACAGCAGAGUCUUCUGCUGUUUGUUCCUUCUCUGUACUCCAGUACAGUACCCUCAAGCUCCCAGAAUUUGAGAGAGGGACAGGAUCUUCCCUCACCUGUGCUCAAGUUUGAGCAUGAAAAGGCUUUUUCUCCCACAGUUUCUUACCUUUUCCCUACCUCAGGGAGACUAAAUGCUGUUUCUUCCUCUUCUGCAUGUGCCAGUAAACUUGGGGGGGGGGGGAGUUUGGUGGCGAUCAUAGUCACGUAGGGAGGCUAAUAAGACCCUCAGCAGGUUAACUGGCACAAUUCCAUGACUGUGUUGGUCAUCUUCAGCAACGAGGAGAGCCCAACGUAUUUUAAUAGUAAUCUGUUCUUUUCACCCUUGAUUAUUUUAGGCGUUGGUAUUUCUCUGGCUGCCGUGAGUCUGCCUGGAUAGAAUGGACCCUGUUGUCCUAAGUUACAUGGACAGUUUGCUGAGACAAUCGGAUGUCUUGUUGCUGGAUCCUCCCUGCUGGCUCAACGACCACAUCAUCGGGUUUGCCUUUGAGUACUUUGCCAGCGACCAGUUCCAAGACUUCUCCGAUCAAGUGUGCUUCGUUGGCCCCGAGGUGGCUCAGUUCAUCAAGUGCACGAGCAGCCAAGAGGAGCUGGCCCUAUUUCUUGAGCCUUUGAACCUCCUCCACAAGAAAAUAGUGUUCCUGGCCAUCAACGACAACUCCAGCCAGGCUGCUGGCGGCACACACUGGAGCCUAUUAGUUUACUUCCAAGACAAAAACCGCUUUGCUCACUAUGAUUCCCACACCAGGAGCAACUCUGCCCAUGCCAGACGGGUAGCAGGGAAUUUGGAGGUCUUUCUCGGCAAGAAAGGCAAAGUUGCCUUUGUAGAGGAGAAGGCCCCUGCCCAGCAGAAUAGCUAUGACUGUGGGAUGUACGUAAUCUGUAACACAGAAGCUCUGUGUCAGGAAUUUUUCCGGGGACAGCAGGAGCCAGUGCUUCAGCUCCUUACUCCCUCCUACAUAACAGGCAAGAGAGAAGAAUGGAAGGAACUCAUUGCUAAGCUGUCCCAGAAGUGACCUGCCAAUCUCCAAUUAUUGUCGUUCUUGUCUUGCUCUCAGUGCCUGAGGGGAGGGAAGCUUGUACAUAGGGUUUUCCCAACAGAAAGAAUGUAUUUACCUCUGUGUUUCUGCACUGCCUUAUUCUGCUGCUGAACAGAAUACAGCUGAGUUGUAGGAAAGUUACAUGUCUUCCCUGAAGUGUUGGGCAGUUCUGGCUUUGGCCAUUUAUCCCACCCCCUUCCAAUAUCCCAAAAAAUUCUCACAACACCCAAAUUCUUUGUGUGUGAUCAAUUUUCAGUGAUGUCAGUGACAUUGUAUAUUUCUGCCUUUAUUCAAUUGUUUCAGCCAUCUUUCAGAACUCAUGCAGAAACCAUCAGAAGUCAGAUAAGAUGUUAUAAUGGUACCAGCCAUCUUGUUUCAGAACUCCCCAAAAUACUGUUCCUGCUUUUCUGAAUAAGGAUUGUUGUAUCAAAUGUUUUGGCUACCUUGAGAAAACUGUACACAUCAGUAUGAUGACAAAGAAUUUCUAUAUUGUAAGCCUUGCUGGCAAGAAAUACGGUAGUUUCUGCUGUUCAGUUUCUAGUAGUACUUCCUGCAUCACUUUGAUGUGUUUUAGCUGGACUUAGUUCCUAGAACUAAGGAUUUCUGGAUACACUUAAGAAAACGGGAGGGCAUGAGAGCAAUUUUGUAUUUAUUAGGGGCAUGGAUUGGCUUUGAUUUCCACUACAACAGCAAGUGCACAGCAGCUUGCUUCAUUCUGCUCUAUGCCUUGUGGGGAGUAAGUUGGGAAUCUGCAACUUAGAAAAGCAGCAUACUGGUAACAAAAGGAAGCAAUGGAUUCAUUAGUCCUCUUGAUGUGUCUCCUGCUUGCAGCUACUCUUCACCAGUAACAAUAAGUGGGGUGGGAGGGGAACUAUCCUCAGCUGCAUAUGAAACUCUUCUAUUGCUGGGUAACACUGGAUUGCUUCCUUCUGUGAAACAUGCAGCUUUGCUUAAAAAAAGUAAGUGGACCUAUCCUGUUGGAUAGCAUACCCUGGUGGGUGGUGGAGCCCAAAUGGCUGUAUCGUUUGUUUUUCCUGCUAGCUUUUAAUUUAUUUUGUUAUUUACCAAGGAAUGAUGCCUUAGCUGCAUAUCCUAUUUCCUAAUGCUGCACGAGGAAACACAGCAAACAAGUUCUUCAAUUAUUCAAGUGUGUGAUGGCACUGUUGGGGCAGAAAAGCUUUAAUCAUUUUUUCAUUGCACAUGUGUAGAGAGGAGACCUGAUGACUUUUACUCUGUUUGGGAAAAUCUGCAGCCAAAAAUAAUAAAGAGAACUGUCGCUUCAAAGAGUUGUGUUUGGGUUUAUCAUGGGGGCUUUUGUUCUCGUAGCUCCCUUAAAUAAGCAAGGGAUGCGUAGGAUACAUACAUAACAGGAAGGAGGAGGAAGAAGGUCUUGGAGCAAGCAUCCCUAGAACAACUGCUCUGUGCAUAGCUGCUGUCAACCUGCUGUUGUGCCUGGCUAGAACAAAGUCAUUAGACUCGAGCCCCUUCCAUUUGUUUCUUCUUACCCCAAAAGAGAAGGAGCCUAUCUAGCAGCCUGUCAAAAUAUUUGUGAAACGGUAAUGUAACAUAAAGAAUUGAAUCACAGUGAAAGCAAAGAGUAUGAUUCAUUUUUGUAGUAGGGAGGAUGUUCAGAACAAAUUAAGACUUAAUAAAAGUUUAAAAAAUAGCUAUAUGUUCCUCCAC